CGAAUUAUAUUUUGCUUGGAAUAUUUUAUGGUAUUUUAACAAAUUCGGGGUCGCAUAUUGUAUGGCAUUCCAUCUGUUCGUGUCAUACUGUUUUGUCUAAAAGGCUUUAAUGUUUCGUUGUACCACAUUGUAUCUGCUGACAGUGUUUGUGCUGUACAUCCACGAUAAACAAAAUAGGCUAUUCGCGUUUGUGUUGUUAAUAAUAUGCCACGAAUAGAUGACUAAAUCGUGUCAUUGUCACUGUCAUGUAACAUGUGCUAAAUAGCAACAAUGCUAGAUAACAAGACAGGUUUGCUACGUCAACAAGACUGAUCUCAUGAAUAUUCAUUACCUCGCGCUCUGUAAUUUGCUGUCGUGUACUUAAUUAAUAUUUAUGAGCCAUGUGCCUGGUUUUCAUUGGACGUAUUUUUACGAGUGACCUUUUUUUUUUACAUUACCAUAUAAUUGUUAUUAAUUCGGAGAUCUAGUAUGUUGACUGUUAUUUUAAAACUGAAAUUUAACAUCAAGCUGCAAAACAAAAUAUUUUAAAUAAUUUAAAUUUACAUCAUUUUUGUAAAGUUUUCAAAUGUGUACGAGCACAAAUUAACAUCUGAAAAUAUUUUCAUAAGUCUUCAAAUUUUAUAGUAUAUUCUAAGCACCUGUAAAAACACACGUUAGGUAAUGAUGUGUUGCAUGGACAGGAGACGUCUGGUUCGUCCGAAAGGCAGACGAGAUUGAUAGAGAGGGCAAAAGUGGAAUCAUGGAAAAGCCCCAAAAGACACAGGAAGAGCAGCAGUCGUCCCCACAGAUGGCGGCACCUGAUGGGGGUUGGGGCUGGGUGGUGGUGGGGUCUCUUUUCGUGUCUUCUGCCCUGGUGUUCGGGCUCAUCCGCAGUCUGGGCGUCUUUUUUGUGGAGUUUGUGCAGUACUUUGGUGAGAGUGCCCAGGCGGUGUCCUGGAUAACAUCCAUUGGCUUGGCCAUGCAACAGCUAAUGAGUCCAAUAAGUGCAGCCGCAUCUAAUGUAUAUGGAGCUCGUCCGGUUGUUAUGAUGGGAGGAUUCCUCUCAGGCCUGGGAUUCAUUCUGGCUUCCCAGGCAACAUCUCUUUUACAUCUUUACCUGACCAUGGGAUUCAUUUCAGGUUUAGGCUGGGCGCUGAUCUUCACCCCUACUGUUGCGUCAGUGAUGCAGUACUUCACCUUGCGGAGAUCUCUAGCCAUGGGCCUGGGCUUCACAGGCGUCGGACUUGCCUCUUUUGCAUUCUCUCCACUUUUUCAGUAUCUAGUAGAAGCCUAUGCUUGGCGUGGGGCCUUGCUUGUCCUCGGAGGCCUCAGCUUCAACAUGAUUGCUUGUGGAGCUCUCAUUCGGCCGCCAGGGAAACCAAAGGUUGUGGUGAAGACUGAAAACUCGACCAAGCUCAACAAAUGUUCUUCUUUGUUCUCCCGUAUCUACGAGGGCUUUGAGCUCUCUCUGAUUUCACACCGAGGCUUCCUCACAUAUUCCGUGGCCAUCACCUUAUUCAAUGCCGGCUACUUCAUCCCAUACGUUCAUCUGGUCGCCCACAGCCGUCACAUUGGUUUCACUGAGUACCAGGCAGCUUUUGUAAUCUCUGUAACCGGUGUGGCAGACAUCGUGGGCCGCGUAGCCUCCGGCUGGUUCGCGGACCUGGGCAAAAUGCGAAUGCAGCACAUGCUGGUGGUAUGGACUGGGUUACUGGGACUCUCUCUGAUGCUCAUUCCUGUUGCCGUGGUUUACUCAGGACUGUUGGUUGUCGGUGUGGUCUAUGGGUUUUGUGCAGGAGCGAUGACGCCGCUGGCGUUCGCGGUGGUGCCGGAAAUCGUAGGCAUGGAGCGAGUGCUGGGAGCCCUUGGCCUGCUGCAGCUCAUCGAGAGCGUUGGAGGGCUGCUGGGAGCGCCACUUUCUGGCUGGCUGAAGGACUAUACUGGGACCUACACGAUAUCUUUUAUCGCUGCUGGAAGUUUCCUUGUGUUAGGUAUGUUAGUUACAAUGACUCUUCCCUAUUUCUGGUCUUGUACGGCCCCUCCACCCCCAUCACCUUCAAAGAAGAAAUCUCAGGAUGAAUCCAUUGAAGGUGGACUUCUCAAACAAACUCUGUCUUCAAAUUCUGUACCUGAGAUGUCCUGUUCCUUCGAUGAUAUACCCUACUCGGAUAAGGAGUAAAAGGUGUGAUGAAAGAGUGAUGUUACACAUCUAGUGCAAAAAUGAGAAGAAAUACCUCAGGAAAUCAUGCAUCAUACUAAUUUAGGGAAAAUAUUAUGAUUUUUUUUUUAGGAAUAUUUUGAGUUUUUAGAAAGGAUAUUUUGCAUUGUCAGACAGGAUAUAGGCAACUAUUGGCAUUGGAGUCACAAAUCAUAUUGCACUGAAUGGCUUUAUACCACAGUAAAACUUUUUGUGCGUAAUUUCAGUUAGUGAAAUGUCCCUCGUGCCAAGAAAAAAUAAAAAUUAUGUGAAGUUUGCUAUUAGUGCUUUUCGGGUAAUAACAAGACAAUCAAUUUGAUGGAAGUUCUCAGGUUUUGAGAGUGUUUGAAAAGCAAAAGUCAUUUUACAGCUCAAAUUUCCAGUUAGCCUAGCUUGUAUAAAGUUCAAAACAAAUAUGUCUUAAUGUUAAAUCUGGAUUGUUUAAUCAUUCCUUAUUUAUUUAUAUAUAUAUAUAUAUAUAUAUAUAUAUAUAUAUAUAUAUACAUACAUACAUACAUACAUACAUAUACACACACAUACACACACACACACACACACACACAAGUAGGUUCACACGUUUUUGGACAUGCAACAAAAAAAUGAGUGCCCUUCAAAAGUUGUAACAGGACAAUAGCAGCAUAAAUCCUUAUCAUGACGUAAAUGCAAUAGACCAGACAUGCAGACACCGCAGCUGUACAUUGUUAUUUUAGUAUAAUUUAGAUACUAUUGUAGUUUUUAUGUUUUCAGUUUUCAUUUUAUUUAGCUUUACUGAUCGAUCAACAGUAUCCUUACUACAACUUUAUCCAUAUACUGAGGUGGAGCUCAUUUUUCUUAGACUUUCAAAAUAUGCAAAACGUUUGCAUUUGGAAAGCUGUCAGUACUCGUUCUAAAAAGCCAUUAUUCUGCUUGCAAUCUCUAAAGUUAUACAAAUAAUUUUAGAGAUACUUUAUUAAUGACUCUAGUAUUUUUCUGUUCUGAAAUCAUUAUCUUUUUAUUUAAAAAUAUAUUACAUUGAAUUCAAUUAUUAUUAAUUUAAAUUCAAUUAUUUUAUUAUUUUUUAAAAUAUUUUUAUUUUAAAAAUAUUGUCAUAGUUUUCCCUUGUCAAUUAAAAAUCACCAUCAAAUAAGGAUUUGUGCUGAUAUUGUCCUAAUACCCCACUUUGACUUGAUCAUUUCUGAAUUUGAGGGCACUGUCUAUAUUAAAUACCAUGGUAUAACACUGUACCUUGGUACUGCCAUAUUACUAUUUCUAAGAGUAUGCUGGCAAAAUACUACUUAUUUUAAUUGUUUUUAAUAUAUGAUUACAAUUUUUGUAUUGUAAAUUAUUGUGACACAGUUCAUUUCUGGCCUUCCCUGACAGGAAUUUAAUGAUGAUGCACAAACACAGCUUCAGGGUUUAGUGGAAAGACUGAUGCUUGUGGUUCUUGUUAAUCAUAAGUUACUGAGGAGCAUUUUGUAUUCAUGGCUAGUAAAACAUGAGGGCUGCUAGCAAGAGUUUUCUAGAUUCCAAACAAGCUUUUAACUGCUUAGUCAUCAUCACAUAUUUGUUGUCACAUCAGGCAAAAGCUAAAAUGAAGGCAUAACAUUUUUUUUUUUUUUUUUGCCAGUAAGUUUGGUGCUGGAGGCUGCUUUAGUACAGUAUACAAAAGCAAGAAGACAAGCUAAUUGCUAACGUUGCAGUGCUAAUCCUGUUCUGCUCCUCAUGUAGAGCAUUUUUCAUUCACUUUUUUACACACAAAUUGCUGUACCUUACCUUGAUUACAGCUGGACUGUUCUUGAGUUGCAUAUGGAGGAAUAUGAUGAUCACAUGAUGUUAUUAAUGUUACUAGCAUUGUCGGACACGUCAUUUUAAUGUUAUCCUUUCAGGGUCAAACUGAACGAUGUGAUUUUUAUAUUACAUUGAUGCUUUUUAAAUAUUGUAUGAUGGGAAUCUUGCCCAAUAUGAAGGGCUUUUACUGUGAACUUCAAGAUCCAGGUUUCAGAGUGGAUAUUGACUUACAUUUUCCACAGCGGUCGCUGACGUAAACAAAUUCACUUAGAAAUCAUUAACCAAACAUGUCACGCACCAAAGUCUUUGUGUUACACAUUACAUUUUUCAGCGCCUUUUUGUUUUUAUUUUAAAUGUUUUCACUUAGUGCAAGAGCUUUACUGUGCACAAACCGGUUUAGGUACAUUUAAACCUUGUUAAUUCUGUACUUUCCAUGGGAAAACCUUGAAUACUAGUCACUAAUGCUGUUUUAAAGAUACACUUCUCAUAAAACCAAACACGUGAGCCUUAAUCUUCAUAGACUGAGAGUCAAUGAGCUCAGCUAGACAGCUACAGCUAGACUUUGCUUUCUCAUGUGAGAGGCCCUUAUUGCUUUGAGAUUAUCAGCACUGCCUUUACACACAGUUGUCUUCAAAUGCACUGUAUUAAUGCAAUUUUACAUGAUCUUUAGCCUAUUGACCUCAAUAUGCUUGCAUUAUAGUAUGAGAAGUGAGACUUGGUCGGAUGAAUUUGCAUCAGUUAAGUCAUAUUCUAAGUCUAUUAACUUUGGAAUGCCAGGCAAUGACAUUUAACUAUAUUUCAUCAUCUAGUUCUUUGAACUUAAUAGCUUUAGAACUACACUUGUGCAAGAUGAUUUUUGAUCUAAUUAAAAAGGUUGAAUGAAAUUUGCCAUCUGAGCCUGUCGGGUAGUUUUACCUUUUACCAGCCCAUAUCUUGUGUGUUGUUUUCAUUUCCAAGAAGCGCACAGCAUGGCAAGAUGGGUUUUACUGGAACAGUACAGUAUAAAACUGUGUUUUAGGCAGACAGACUUGUAUUUUAAUGUGGUUAAAUAAAAGGCCAUUUCUGUUUUUAUUGUA